AUGCAGUCUGUGUGGGCUUUACUGAUAGGUGUAAGUGUGUGCAUGGGAGCUUUAGCUGUGGAUGCAAAUCCUGCAGAUGCACUGGAGAAGACGACUAACAAUGGGACAGACACUGACAUUACAAAUAUGGAGACGGCAAAGUUCAAUUCAGAAGAAAAGAGAGCAGUCGAGAUCCCAAAUAAGAAGCUGUUCAAAAGGGAACCUGAAAACACACAGACCGCCCUGGGUCGGACACUGGCAGCAUGGGUGGAGUUAAAUUCCAUCAUGGAAAUGAGAGAUGGAUUCUUGGGUAAACUGAACACGAUACUGAGAGAGCUGGGAAGUGAAAAGAGACGACUUCUGGGCCAGGAUGAUGAGCCUGUAAGAAGGAAGAAGGUAGAGAAGGAGGAGGAGGAGGAGGAUGAUGAUGAAGAAGAGGAUGAUGAUGAAGAGGAAGAAGAGGAAGAUGAAGAAGAAGGAGGAGAAAAAGAAGGAGGGGAGGAAGAAGGAGAAGAAGAAGAAGAAGAGGAGGGAAAUGAAGGUGAAGAGGAAGAACAAAAUGAAGAAGAGAAUGAGGAACCUAGUAACAGGACUGCAAUCAAAGAUUUGCUACCAGAGCAGUGCCUGCUGGAUGGGUGGCUGAUUUCCUGUAAAGACAUUGGCAUAGCCGAGCUUCCCAUCAUAACUGACCUGAAUAUCACUACACUUGAGCUACCUGGAAACAACCUCACUACAUUACCUCCUCUGGCUUUUUCUGGUCUGCCAAACCUGGAAGUCAUUGACCUGAGCAGGAACAUGCUGACCGACUUAUCUUCUGACUUCUUCAUGAACCUGACACAGCUAAGAAAACUGAAUCUUGAUGGUAAUGGUCUGGAAACAAUCCCACUUCUUCCACAAUCUCUGGAGGAGCUGAGAAUCAAUGACAACAAAAUAAACCAACUGCUUUCCAGCACAUUUGAAGGAUUAUCCAACCUGAUCCUCUUGGAGCUAAAUGGGAAUAUCUUGUGGGAAGGAAGUGUUGAACGUCUGGCCUUCCAACCCUUCACUAUGCUCAAGCACCUGAGACUGGAUAACAACCGAUUUACCUCCAUCCCACUUGGACUGCCUGAAUCUCUAGAGGAUUUGAAGAUGCCACACAAUCAGUUAGUGGAGGUGCAGGACAUAGUUCUGAAUAAAUUAGUCCACCUGACAGUGCUGGAUCUUAGUCACAACCUCUUGAGUGAGAACAGUUUUUAUUCUGGAGCCUGGACCAACCUGCUAAAGCUAGAGUCGCUGGACCUGUCUCACAACCAGUUGUUCGUGUUGCCCUCUGACCUGCCGAGAGCUUUGCGGCAGCUCUUUCUCCAUCACAACUUCAUCCACACUGUUCCUCCCAACACGCUGAGCCACCUGCGGCCAGGUCUGCGGUCACUACACCUCUCUCACAACCAGCUGCUGGAGCACGGGCUGUUGGGAAAGGCCUUCCGCGGUGCCUACAAAACACUGGAGGAGCUCUUCCUGGACAACAAUAGGUUGGAGAGGGUUCCACCCAACAUUCGCUUCUUCUCAAAACUUCAGACGCUGCGGCUCGAUCACAACCGCAUCAGCUCUGUUCCAGUAAAGUCUGUGUGUAAAGUCAGAAUGAACUCCUCUCCUCUGCUGAACCUUCAUCUGGAGAACAACUACAUAAAUGUGAACAGAAUCCCCCGAAAUGCUCUUUCCUGCAUCCAGGACCCUCAGAGAGUCAUGCUAGAGCCUCAGACUCAUAACGAGAUCUACUAAAGUUUUGCAAAAUGCAUGAAGACCUUUCAAGUGCCAUCUUAUU